UGGCAUUGGCCAAAUGUUGUCUAAAAUGAUGUCCCUGUCAAGAGUGAGGUGUAGCCUGGAACCAUCCAGUUCCUGUCACUCCACCUACAGUAUGUGUCUAGAAUUUAACAAAGGCUUUGUUUUUCUAUUGAUAUUUUUUUGUCCAAGCGCAUGAGAUAGAACUCCAUCCAACUUUAUUCCAAUCUCGCUUAACCUUGAACUCCUCUGUUUACUGUAUGUCUGCUCAGGGAGCUGUUGUACGUAUCGAGUUACAUUACGGGAUAUUAUUUUUCCCAAAAACUUGCUUGAACGAGGAAACUGUUGAACUUUCCUUGACUUGAGUGGAGUGGGAGUGACACGUUGUGGCUUAUAAAGACUGAUACACCUGAACACUUCAGACACACGAUGGCUCCGAGAAGACUGAUCUGGGCGCUGACUGUGACAAGCCUUUUAUCCACAGUAUCACAUGCCCACGCUGCUGUUUGUGGCACUGUUCCACUCAACACCAGGAUAGUUGGAGGCAAAGAUGCGCCGCCGGGCCGCUGGCCCUGGCUGGUCAGUCUGCAGGUGUCCGGUGAGCACGUCUGCGGCGGCUCCCUCAUUGGCAGAGAGUGGGUGAUGUCUGCUGCUCACUGCUUCUCCAGCCCGGACCCAGAGGGUUGGACCGCCACGUUGGGUCGGCAGAACCAGGGCGGCAGCAGCUCCUCCGAGGCGUCGACAGGCGUCGCUGAAAUCGUGGUGCACCCGGCGUACGACAGAGCGACCGGCGACGGCGACAUCGCUCUGCUCAGACUGUCGACGCCGGUCCAGCUCACGGACCACGUCCGGCCCGUGUGUCUGGCAGCCAAUGGCAGCGUGUUCAACAACGGCACCGUGAGCUGGGUCGCCGGCUGGGGAGCGGUCGAGGAGGAAGGUCCGCCCACCUCACAAGCUCUGCGGGAAGUGGAAGUGCCGGUGGUGGGAAACAGACAGUGUGACUGUCUCUAUGGGCUUUUUACCGUCACAGACAACAUGAUCUGUGCUGGUGAUCUGGCGGGAGGCAAAGGUCCAUGUCAGGUAGACGCCCUCGCGUCACAGGUCUCGUCUGCUUUUUGCGGAAACGCGUCCGACAUCGCGCGUGACGUCCUCGUGUCGUUUGCACGUCCUCAGGGAGACUCGGGAGGUCCCAUUGUGAGCAGACAGGGCUCCUUAUGGGUCCAGUCUGGCAUCGUUAGUUUCGGCCUUGGCUGUGCUCGACCCACUUUCCCGGCGGUCUACACUCGAGUGUCUCGUUACCAGUCCUGGAUCGACGCUCACGUGAGCUCCGAGAAGCCGGGCUUUGUCCUGUUCGCCUCCACCGGGCCGGAUGCCGACGCCGGCUACAGCUGCUUUGGUGUGCCGCUUCCUGCUUCCAGUGCCAACGCUGAUACUGACACAGGAUCAGGCGCAGCUCUAUCGUCUAGCACGUCGAGUGCUGAACUGUGUGGCAUUGCUCCCCUGAACACCAGGAUCGUUGGAGGUGCCGAUGCUGCACCGGGGCGUUGGCCCUGGCAAGUUAGCCUCCAGAGGUAUGGCCGCCACCUUUGUGGCGGUUCCCUCAUAAACAGAGAGUGGGUGAUGUCUGCUGCUCACUGCGUCCUCAAUACCAAUGCAGCUGGAUGGGUGGUUGUUCUUGGCCGUCAGAACCUGAAGGGCGCCGACCCGAACGAAGUGUCCCGAGCCGUUACCAGAGUCGUCGUGCAUCCACGCUACGACGGCGGCAGCAACAGCGACGACAUCGCUCUGCUGCGACUCUCGCCGCCGGUCCAGUUCACGGACCGCGUCCGGCCCGCGUGUCUGGCGGCCAGCGGCAGCGUGUUCGUCAACGGCACCGCGAGCUGGGUCGCCGGCUGGGGAGCGGUCCAGGAGGAAGCGUACGACCUCCCCGACGCUCUUCAAGAAGUGGAGGUGCCGGUUGUGGGGAACAGACAAUGCAGCUGUCUCAAUAGAGCCUUUACUAUCACACCCAACAUGAUAUGUGCUGGUGAUCUGUCCGGAGGCAAGGACUCGUGUCAGGGCGACUCAGGAGGUCCCAUGCUCAGCAAGCAGGGGUCCAUCUGGGUCCAGUCUGGGAUAGUUAGCUUUGGUCUGGGUUGCGCUCGACCCAGGCUCCCUGGAGUCUACUCCAGAGUGUCCUGGUACCAGUCCUGGAUCGACUCCCACAUCAGCUCUGAUAAGCCAGGCUUUGUCCUUUUCACCUCCACCGGGCCGGAUGCUGACAGCAGCUACACCUGCCCUGGUUUAACACACUCUUUUAAUACUACUACUACUACUACUACUACUACUACUACGACGACUACUGCAGAACCUAACACGCUCACAGAUCUAGUGACUCCAGCAUCUACCGUGACAAGUAAACCAGGCGACUCGGCGUACGGGGAUGUUCCUGGAGGAACGUGGCCCUGGAUGGUCGGCCUCUACAAACGAUCCAACUACAAAUGUGGAGGAACCCUGAUGUCUGACACCUUCGUCCUCACUGAUGCCCAGUGCUUCUCUGACAGCCUCAGAGCAGACAUCACAGAGUGGAGCGUGUUUCUGGGUCGGGGACGUGGCUCUGCAGAGUUAGCGAUACCUUUGCCUGUGGUGAACAUUACCAUCAGCAAUAUGUCAGGCUCCAAUAUCGCACUGGUCCAACUGGCCGAACCCGCCAACAUCAGCGAUCAUGUCCAGCCGAUCCGUGUGGACAUUAAUGACGACAGGCACUAUGUUGGCAGCCGUUGCUGGGUGGUGGGCUGGGGCAAGGCCAGCGCAGUAGGUGCAACUAAAGAUGGAUCAGGUCUACGAAGCCUUGAAAUUCAAGUGGCAAGAUGUGAGAAUGUGUCUGAUCUGGAAAACCUUUGCACUAACACUGUAGAUCUUCAGCAGGGGGAUCGGGGCGGCGCGGUGCUGUGCCAGUCGGACUCAGACGCCGCCUGGUUCCAGGUGGCUGUGGUAACGUCUGCAGUCAAAGGCCUUCAGGCUUUUGCUAGAACUUCAAAAUUCAGACACUUUAUAAAGGAGACGCUUGACAUGGUGUCGCUUCCUGUAGCAGCUGCAACAGGAAACUCACCACAUUUCCCAAUUUCCCUGUUGCUUUCUCUCGCCGUCCCCAUCACCUCCCUGUGUCUGCUGUCAUGAAGCGGGGCC